AUGAGUACUUUUACUUCCGAGUCCGAUAUCAACACUCUCUUCCGAGGCAACUCGCUGGCCACCAAAUGCUUUGAUCAGUUCAUGAAGCUGGUGGGUAUGCCGUACCUACUGGAGACCCUACAGCCCAUUGUAGACACUAUCUAUGAGGAGAAGAAACACGUGGAGCUGGACCCUUGUAAAGUGGGCAGUAUUAGAAGACGAGUGAGCAUGAAGAAUCGCUCUGAGGGCUACCUCCUUGAACACAGCGCGACAAUAAUCACAGAGUAUCUGGCCUCCAUCGUCAACUGCAUCUUGGUAUCGGUCGACCGAUGUCCUCCCAUCCUCAGGAUGGCUCUCAAGCAGCUCAGACAGAGAGUGGAGAGCAAAUUCCCUGAUAACGACUCGGAAUGCAAGUAUCUGUGCCUGUCUGGUUUCCUCUUCCUGCGGUUCUUUGCUCCAGCCAUCCUGUCUCCCAAGCUCUUCUUCCUCAGGGAUCAGCAUCCAGACAAAUAUGUCGGAAGGACACUGACACUCCUUGCCAAGGCUGUGCAGACCAUAGGCAACCUGGGUAUCAAGAGCGGCAAGGAGCACUGGAUGCAACCCCUCGGCCCUCUCAUCCAAGACAGCGUCAGCCGCAUCAAGGACUUCCUAGACACUUUACUUGAUAUCGAGGAAACUGAGAGUGCCAAGCAUGAGUUUGCCAUAGCAGUUCCAAAUCGCGAGGCCCAGAAGCGCAGUAUCUUCCACCGCACCGUCACCAUCAAGGAGGGUUUUCUGAAGAAGCGACGAGCUGAGGACGUGUCUGUCAUCACGCCCUUCACCUUCAAGAAACGUUACUUCUGGCUGAGCUACGACAGCCUGUCUUAUGCCAAGCAUGCCGAGGACCAGGUGCGUAACACCAUCUUGAUGGAGUGGGUGUGUAUUGUGGAGUGUGUAGAUGAGGCUGCCUUCCAGUCAGACCACCUGAUACAGAUCAUAUACCAUGAUGCCCAAGGAGGUCUGAAGACACUCUAUCUGCAAGCAAAGGAUGUGAAUGAGCAGCAGCAGUGGUUAUCUGCAAUCCGUAAGACGUGUGUCUCCAACGCCAAGAUGCUCCACACAUUCCACCCUGGUGCCUUCCGAGGGUCCAAAUGGACCUGCUGCCUACAGUCCAGCAGAACACCAUAUGUUGGAUGCAGUCGGGCCCAUAAUGCAGCAACGCUGGGUGACUGGAGAGAUCCCUUAGAUCCGGACGUAGAGGCGCAGAUUAUAUUCAGUCAACUCAGACUAGGCAAAGACGUCUUGAGGAAAAAGUAUUUGGAAGAAUCGGAUGCAGGGAGUGCUGUGUUGAGGGGUGAUCCCGAGGAGGAUUCAGGCAAUGGUACGGAAGAUGACAUCAACUCAGCCGCUGUAGUAACCAACUCAGACAAUGGUGCAGUGAGACCGCACAAGCCUUGCCACAAGACGGUCUCGUACCACGACUCACGCAUGGCCUCUGCUGCCACACUCAUAGAUGUCAUCAAUGACCUGGAGAAAGCACAUCUUGCCUUUGAGAGACGAGCGUUGGAGGCAAAGCAAGAAAAAGACCUACGCGCCUGAAAAAAACAACAAAAAAAAACGAAUACCAGGGAUCCAGAAGUUUCAUUGAAAAAAAUUGUCUGGGUAAUUUUUUGUGUAAAUAGUUGAGAAUUUGUUAAAACCAAUUUUUUGUGUGCAAUGGAUGAAGGGCUAUACAUUUCAAUGCUGCGUAUGAUUUGGUCUCAUCUUUGUGUGUAAGUCUGCAUAAUUUGUCAAGUUGCAGCCAGGAAGAUUGACCCGCACAAAAGAUGCGUAACUAUUUAAGGCAUUGGACAGCUGUCUUUUGCUUCUGUUUCUGCUCAAUACUGUGCAAUCACCUCCAUUUGGCGGUUAUCACGCACAGGUCAGUGUGGAAAUGUAGCCAGCUAAAUUUCUGUCUUGUAUAAACUCUACUUUCCUAGGCAUGAGGUGAAGAUUAUUUUCAUUAUCCAUUUCUGAUAUUUCUACUGAACACCUUUUUCUUUGCUUAUAGAUCAAAAUGAUUUUGUUUUGUCUUAAAGAAGGCAUGCUUUGGUUCCUAAGAUUUACAUUAUUAUCUCUUAUGUUAAUGAAUUAUGAUGAGGGAUACUAAAACUUCUUAUGAAUGGCAAGAUGUAAAUUAGACUGUGAUACCUUACUCCCUCCCCACAUCCAUUCACUUUGUUUUGGUUUUGAUGGGUCAAGGACUGUACAGCUUCAGCACUUAUACUGUACAUGGGCUUCAUCCUAACAGGCCAUUGGAUUCAAGAUGUAUUCCUUGUGCCAUUUUCGAUUAUUGUCCCCCCUAAAAGAUUACUUUUCUACAUAUAGCUAUUUUUCUAGCAAUACAAAGUUAUUCACAUUCACAUGAGAAAUCGAACCCCCCCCCCCAAAAAAAUAAAUUGGCCAAUGUUUACUCCAGGCAUGCAACUACGAAUUUAGAAAAAAACGAGGAAACCACACAAGACUUUGUACAGUAUUUUUCAAUUUGUAAUGGCAUUCAUGACUCAUGAGAAGUAAAAAAAAAACAAGGAAAUCAGUGGACCCCAGGAAAAUUGCGUGCCUGUUAGUUAUUGAAUUAUUACUUGAAAAGUUUGAAUUAUUGGCUGCCAGAGGAUAAUUCCAUUUAUGCAGGAUAGGCUUGGUUCCCCUCCCACUAUCAGUAUCGAUAAUGUACAGACCGGGAGACAGUCUGCUCGCAAAAUGGAUCUGUUUGUGCCCAAAACAAAACAAAAAAAAUUUCAGAGAGUUGUAGACAUCCAAAAAAGGAAACAAGGAUUUUUUUGUUUUGUUGGAAUAAAAGAUAUAAGUUGAACAUUUAUUAAACGAGAACAAAAGUUGAAUUUGUUGAAGAGAACGGGGAAUGCACCUUUAACUCGGUGUGAGUUUUUUUUAUGGGUUUUUGUUUAGAUUAGUAAAACUAAUGAGAAACGUGGCAGCAUUUGGCAUAAUUGCCUUUUUCAGCUUUCUUACACUUAUACAUCUAACAGGUAUGGCAAGUGAUAUGCAUGUUUAUCAACAGGGUUUUGAAAUAUUAACCAUGCGUGUAUCUUUUCAAAAGUAUUGUUAAACAAAUGUACUGCUCUUCACACGUUGUAACAGAAUAUACAUUUUUCUGUUAUUAGUUUCUACACAAAUGUACCUUCAUUUCUUCAAGUCGUAUGUUACACCAGGUCUAUUUAACAACAUCUGAGAACACAAGCUUUCAAAUGUACAACAGCAUUUUCUGCACAUCGGUAAUAUUAUUUCGACUCCUGAUGUAAAUUAUUACUUGUGUUGUCUUUUUGACAAUCUGUAGCACAUAAGCUCGUUACUAAAGAAAAAUCAGAAAUUGUUCAGAAAUUUUUAAAAUCCCUGAUAAUGCUUAUAAUGUAAGAUAUUGAUGCUCGGUGUAAACACCAGUGAAUCAUUGUGUUGUUUAAUAUAAAUAAUGAGAUUACUCAAUUUCAAAUUCUAUUUAAAAAUGUAUUACAUUUUGCCAGAUCAGAAAUAUGAAUAUUAAUAUAUACUGGAUCUUGUUAAAAUAUUUUCAGAGAAGAAAUUAAAAAAGAAAAGUAAUAUAUUUUCCGAAUCGUGUUUAGGAGCUGCUACAUAUAUUAUGGUUGCUAUUCUUUAUGCAUUUGAAUCCCAUCAGUAUUUUAUUCAAUUAUAGCCUUGAUUUAUUUGUAUGUAAAUACUUCAAAGAUUUGUUUAUUCAUGACAAGAAUAUUAUUUUAUAUAUUCAGGAUGAGUGUAACUCAACUGUAUUGCGUAUGAUUUGGGGAAAAAACAGGCCCUUUUAUUGUGGGUAUAACAGUGUUGGUGCUCAAAAUCGCACGGUAGUACAAUUAUGCUGAACUGCAAGGAGAUUAAACUGACGCAGAUGAUAUA